GUAGAGGAGGCUGGUUCAGCAGGUCACGGUAGUUCCUCCUACCAACGGGAGCCAAAAAUGUACAGCCAGCGGUUUGGUAUCGUGCAGCGGGAGGUCAAGGGCCCCACUCCCAAAGUGGUGAGCGUGAGAGCCAAGCCUCCCAAAGGCCCAGGAACUGAGCAACAUCAGGAAAGAAUUAAACGCAGCCACCAGAAGCAUCAUGCUACUUUGGCUUCCAUUAAGUCAAUUGAACAGGAUCGCCUGAAAGUGCAGUGGGAUCAGCACAUUGAUCGCAAGUAUUUUCACAGCCUUGUGCAAGCAAGAAUUAAAGAUGCCAUGCAAGGGUUUAUCAUCAACACUGAAGAAAGGCGAAAUAAGUUACGUGAACUGUUAGCGGCAGAAGAAAAUGAAUAUUUUAUUGAAAUGCAACGGAAAGAAGAAACCGUUGAGGAGAAAAAAGAUAAAAUGAGAGAGAAAACCAAGUUAUUGAAAGAGAAGAAAGAAAGAGAAAGACAGAAUUUUGUGGCUGCAAAGUUAGACCAACAGUUCAGGGAACGCUGUGAAGAGCUCCGUAACGAAUUGUUCUGCCUCCAUCAGAAGACGGUGUGUGAGGAGCGGAAAGCACAGAUAGCUUUUAAUGAAGAGCAAAAGAGGCAAAAGGUGAUAGAAGAGCAGAUGUUCGCAAGGCUCUGGGAGGAAGACCGCUUAGCCAAAGAAAGGCGAGAAGCCCAGCAGGAGAGGAGACAGAAGGAGCUGGUGGAGAACACGCGCCUGGGGCUGGAUGCCCAGCUUGCCAGCAUGCAGGCGCAGAGGCAGGCAGAGCAGCGGCUGAAAGAAGAGGAGGCACGCCUGCUGGAAAAGGACAAUGCACAGGUUAAACUUGAACAUGAACAAGAAAAGCUAAAGGAACAGCGGACAAAACAGGAAGUUAGAAAUGUCUUACAGAAGGCCUUACAAGAGAAGAUGGAAUAUCUUCAGCAGGAAUACAGGGAAGAGCAGGAUUUGAACAUGAAGCUUGUGCAGAGAGCCCUUCAAGACUUACAGGAAGAGACAGAUAAAAAGAAGCAAAAAAGAGAAGACAUGGUAAGAGAACAGAAGAUAUAUCUUAAAUAUUUGCUACAGCGACGUGAGGAAGAAAAAGCUCAGGAGAAAGAAUUGGACAAAAUAUUAGAGGAAGAGAAGCAAAAGAAGUUGGCUGAGAAGGACAAGGAGCUGAGACUUGAAAAGCAGGCAAGAAAGCAACUCAUGAAUGAAGUCAUGUGUACAAGAAAACUCCAAGUUCAAGAAAAAUUACAACGAAAAGCCAAAGAAGAGGAAGAACGUGCUAUGGAACAGGAACGCAUAAAUAAGGGUCUUAAAGAACUUAACCGUGAAGAGGAGGAGAAUUUUGCAAGACGCUGUGGCCUAGCCCAGGAGUACAGGAAGCAGCUUCAGAUGCAAAUAGCCCACCAGCAGCAAGCCCGAGAGGCAGAGAAGGAAGAGAAGCGCCGAGAGUUUGAAGAAGGCAUAGCAGCAAACCAGAGCUGCCUGGACAAGAUCCAGGAGAUCCUGCACAGCCAUCCUGUGCUGCCCCGGAACAUCCACCCCAUGCGGAGGGCCUGCCCUAAUAAACUUCCCACAUAGUUCCUUAUCCAUCAGUGUAUCUUUUCAUGGUCUUUUAUAUUUUUUAACUUGCUUAAUGUUCCUUCUGA